GUCUGUCAGCUGUUUGUCUAAUCGACUGUCAUUUCGAAAAUAACCUUUUAUCUCGGUGUCUUCGCCUUAUCUUUCCACAAAAAUAUAAUAAAAUUGAGCUCAAACCUUACUUUUGUUUCCAUGGUGGGCACGUCAAGGCUGACUUAAUAUAUUCAGAGUCUAUUUUACCUUUAGUUUACAAUGGAAUUAAGUUUACGUACCGUCAGGACUUUUAACCGGCUUUUACGAAAACCUUUAGGAAUCGUAGCUCAUAGGAGUGUAACGGGCACAGCAGUAAAGGAAGAAGUUAAUACAGAGUUGCUAAAUGUAUUUAACCGGGAUAUACAGAACGGUGGUGCAGUGCCAGUAUUUCGCAGAGCCUUAUUGUUCCCGACGCGGGUAGCCUUACAAGAUGAGCUUGGCAUAUACACGUACGCUGGCCUCUACCAGGCAGCCUCCGUGCUGUCACAGGAGAUCGCUGCGCAGUUGGUUGGCGAAUCAGACAGAACAAUUGCAUACAUGUGCAACAAUGAUGCGUCGCACGUCAUCGCGCAGUGGGCAAUUUGGAUGACUGGGAAUAUCGCGGUACCCCUAACACCACUACACCCACCAGAAAUGUUGAAGUACUAUCUAACAGACAGUUAUUCAAGCUUAGUACUAUGUACACAAGAAUUCGAGAAAGUUCUUCGGCCCAUAACUCUAGAGAUGAACAAACCACUGUUGGUAAUGGGUAGAGAUAAUGUCCUGACUGCACAAUUGUACCAGCCCAAUACUUCAUUCUUGAAACCAAAAGCCGAAAACAAUUUGACUGAUGUUGGAAAAAGUAAUGAGUGGUACGGGAACAAUGAAGCUCUCAUUAUUUAUACUAGUGGAACAACAAGUAAGCCGAAAGGAGUAGUAUGGACCCACAGUAUGCUUCAGACACAAAUAUCAGCGUUACACUCCGCGUGGCAGUACUCAGCCAACGAUGUGGUAUUACACACGUUGCCGUUACAUCACAUACAUGGUCAGCUCAACUCUAUGCUAGCGUCUUUGGCUGCUGGUGCCAGGCUCAGAAUGCUACCGUCUUUCGUGUCUCACAACGUCUGGUCUCGUCUACUGGGCAUGGGGGAGCGGGAUGAGACUAAAGUAACAGUCUUUCACGGUGUCCCUGCUAUGUACGCGAGACUGGUCGCUGACUAUGACAGAAUGUUCUCUGACUCGAAGACUGCGGAGUAUGUUCGUACUACGCUAGGCAGUAGAAUGAGACUGAUGUGUGCUGGGUCUGCUCCGUUACCGGCUCAACUGUUUUUGAAAUGGGAGGAGAUAUCUGGCAUGCGUCUUCUCGAAAGAUUUGGUAUGUCUGAAGUGGGCAUGGCGUUAAGUAACCCCUACCGGCCGGUGGAGGCUCGCAGUGUAGGGUGCGUGGGGCUCCCCCUACCGGGAGUCUCUGCGAGAAUAGUCUCACAACGAGAGGACACCGGGGAACUUGAACCUUUGGUAACUGUUGAGACUCCGGUACCAGAGACACAGAUAUGCCUAGACCGUCUCGGGUUGUCAUCAAAGGAUUUGUUCGUGGACUCUGACAAAUAUGAGUGGAAGGCCCCAACAGUCACUAAACACAAGGAACUUACCGACAAUGUGUACCAUGGAGAACUGCUUAUAAAGGGACCCGCUGUAUUCACUAGAUACUGGAACCGGUCCCCGACACUAAACGCGUCAGACUUCACAGAAGACGGCUGGUUCCGUACAGGAGACACAGCAUCCUUCGAAGACGGCAAGUUCAGGAUAUUGGGACGCACAUCAGUAGACAUAAUCAAAACAGGAGGAUACAAAGUAAGUGCCUUGCAAGUAGAGAGCGCCAUCUUAGACCACCCUAGUAUUGCUGACGCAGCCGUACUUGGAAUCGAAGAUGAAAACUACGGAGAAAUCGUUUCAGCAGUGGUGGUACUUAAAGAAAAUGCUAAACUAACUCUUCAAGAGUUAAAAGAAGCUGCUGGGAAGAAACUAGCUCCAUAUCAGCUACCUAAAACUCUGCUUGUUACAAAUGAAAUGCCUAGAAACGCGAUGGGUAAACUGGAUAAGAAAGUCAUAAGGCAAACCUUUGGUAAGCAAUUAGUUAUGCCGAAGAAGUAGACUCUUUGUGUUGCGUUACUUUUGUCCAAUGAACAUGUCUUUUAUUGAACUUUGGAUCGUAGGUCGGUAGCGAGUGAUAGAAACGUCAAUCGGAUGUACAGAUUUUCAAUCGAAAUUAAGUCUUUAACUGCCGAUAAAAACUAUUAAAGGCUAAUCCUCCGGUAGGGUCGGACAUCAUUAUCCGAUACAGCAUCCAAUGUGUUAAUAACUAAUUCAAAAUCCAAGGAAGUUGAACGAAAAGGAACAAUAUGUCCAUAUUGUCACUUAGAAAUGAGGCACCAAAAUGUCAGUGGUUUUAUUUAUGUGUGCGUGUGUAAUGGGUGACCACGUUACCAGACUUACGAUAUUGACAGAUGUCCUUCGUGUCAAUGUGUUUAUGUUCUGCGUGUAACUCUAUAAUAGCAAGCAUCUGUAGCUAAAUGCCAUGUAGAGCUUGUCUACAUGUAGAAUAGAAAACCAAACUAAAUACAAUUGACGUAAAUUUGACACUUGUCAGUGUCAUCCCCAUACAUUUUGAUUUCUACUCUCUCUGUAGACAAGCGCUGAAGUGGCGUUUGGCUAAAGGCACUGGUGCCACAGUCAUUAUUUCAAGAGACCACGUCCGUUUAUUUUCAACAUCUUUGUCUUAUCUGUGGAUAUGUGUCAAUUUUUGACAUCACUUGUUUCUAUAAUAAGUAUCGUGAGACAUAGUAAAUUAACUAAAAAUCGCGGGUUAUUCGCAUGAAAAUGCUGAGGCAGUAGG